UCAUCUCCUUCUUGUGAAAACAUAAGAAAAAAUUCUCUCUCUACUUUCUCUCUCUAAAACCAGAAGCUUUCUCUUUAUUAUUGCAGCGAACUUGAGCUAGGGUUUACUUGCUGGUUGAAAAUGUGUGGCGGAGCGAUUAUAUCCGAUUUUAUUCCGACUAAUCGGUCUAGGAGGAUCACUCGUAACCAGAUAAAAUCGCCGUUUAUCGACAUUGAUGACGACUUUGAAGCCGAUUUUCAGGAGUUCAAGGAUGAAUCAGAUGAAGGGGAGGAGGAUAUCAAGCCUUUCGCUUUUCCAAAAGGGGGAAUCACUGAACAAGGUGGGUAUUUGAAGGUCCCAGAGCUGAAGACUUCAUCCUUGCCCGAGAGGAGCGCUAAGAGGAAGCGCAAGAACGUGUUCAGGGGCAUUCGCCAGAGGCCAUGGGGCAAAUGGGCGGCUGAGAUCAGAGACCCUGGCAAGGGGGUACGUGUAUGGUUAGGAACAUUCAACACCGCCGAGGAGGCCGCACGUGCCUACGACGCCGAGGCCCGGCGCAUACGCGGCCCCAAGGCCAAGGUCAACUUCCCCAAUGACCCCGUUCCGCACGUGCCCAAGAAGGCCAAGCGAUCACCACCCAUUGCGAUCGGCGCUUCGGGACCGUCCGAUGUGGUCCAUAUCUUCUCCGAUCAAGGGAGCAACUCCUUCGACUGUACGGACCUAUCGUGGGACCAAAACGAGGUGAACGAGAUAUCAUCUGGGCUGGCCACGUGUCCCGAGGGGUCUGAGCUGGCAUCAACUGACGUGGACGGAGGGGGCCUUGAUCUUUCGUGCAAAGUUUCGGCGAAAAGUGAGGGCGACAUGAACGGUAAUCCGGCGGAGAAGUUAUCGGAGGAGCUGUCGGCUUUUGAGUCGUAUAUGAAGUUUUUUCAGAUUCCUUACCUCGAGGGGGUAGAGGAGAGGGUGCCUGUGGCGGACACGUGUCAGGACGGAGGAGGGUCGAUGGACCUCUGGAGCUUCGAUGAUCUGCCGUUCAUUGAGGGCACCGCAUUCUGAUGACCAUCCGUCUCUUGUGUGUAUAUAUCAAAAGACACAGGGAAGGAGCGGAGUUGGUGUGAUUCGAUGCUGGUGCGGCGCUCCUUAUGUUUGGUGGUUUCAGUUUCAAUCUUUGUCCAAGUGUUGCUUUUACUUUAAAGUAGGUUAAACUAUGUUUCGGACCUAUUGGAUGGCAUAUAUGAAUACUUGUGUUCACUGAAGUUUUCUUUGUUUUCUCAUAUGCAUAGUAUGGGAUUAAGGACCUCAGAUGUUGUGGGUAUGGGGUGAAAUGUGUGAUGUCUAGGUACAGGACUCUGGUAUUGUAGCUUGUAAUUUGUGAAAAUUGCUUAUAUCUGUUUUCUUCGCUUUUUUUAA